AUGAACCAGGGAGACCACAUCAGGCGCAAGCCUACUCCGUCCUACGUGCCACCGCUGGGGUAUGAUGAAGCCCUUUUGCUCGCUUCGGCCGAUACUCAAGUCUACGACUGGAGCCCAGAGAACAACACAGGGGCACAAUCUUCAGGAGACCACCGCCAAGAUAGGGAGAGCAAGGAGCCAAAAUCUAGCACCACAUUCGGGACCCGUGAAAGCGAAUACGAACUUGUCAAAACCAGCAGCGCCGACAAGAACAAGGAGAGGUCAAUACGCAGAAAACGCCCAAGAUUCUACGUCUUACGAGGGUGGUGGCAGGAGAUCGCGUGGUCCAUCAUCAGCCUCAUAUGCGUCAUUGUAUUGGUCACUUUGUUGAACUCCUACGAUGGCAGACCGUUGCCAAGUUGGCCAUCAGGUCUAACACUCAAUACUGUCAUCGCCUUUGUGUCGACCAUCUGUCGGACUGCUUUCAUCCUACCGGUCAUGGAAAGCUUGUCGCAGUACAAGUGGAAUUGGUACAAGAAGUCGCCGAGACCGUUGGCAGAUUUUCGCGUCUUUGACGAAGCCAGCAGAGGACCUUGGGGGAGCUUGAAGUUGCUUGUCACAACGAAGGGAAGAAUCAUAGGUAUCAUGUCCGCUAUCAUCCUCGUAUCUGGAAUUGCUACGUCGACUCUGACUCAGUCCGUUGUCACAUACCCAACCCGACAUACUGUUUUGCCAGCAAAUGACAGCGCGUUGACAAUGAGAAAUGAUGGAUACUUUUGGGCAACAGCAAACGGCAAUGCAGUUCGAGACAUCAUGUUUCCCAUCAACCAGGCUAUACCUCGAGCCUUGAACACUCCUCCAGAUGAAGUGAUGCCGUAUCAUCAACCUAGCUGCCGAACCAACAACUGCACAUGGCCAAGUUUUAGUACUCUUGCUGUUUGCGUGGACAUGAAGAAUGUAACAAAUCUUUUAACAACAGAUGGAGAUCCCAUUAAGGCCGGCACAAACGCAACAUUGCCCAACGGCGUAUCGAUGCAACGAAGUGCUUAUGGGUAUCACAAUAUGAACAUUUCCACAGGCACGAGUCUUUCGUACAACGAUACGGACAUCAUCAAGGCAGAGCUCUUCAACUUCUUUGUUCUCUACGGUCCUGCCCCCACACAACUUCGAGCGUAUGAGAUCAUGAUGCACUGGUGUGUCAAUACGUACAACGUAACAGUCCAGAACAAUGUGCCUAUAACUCAGCAAGUGGCCUCGUACACGAAGCCCAACCUCGGAGAGGUCUUCGUACAGAACUACAACAUGACAAUCAACGGCACCUAUCUGACGUCGCCGGACAGUCCCGGGAAGCAGUACGUUGCUAGUGGUAUGGGCCCGGACAACAUAGCGGGGGCUCUAUCGAACACAUUGGUCGGGUAUUACAUCGAUCUGGGGGCUUACACCUUUAACAACGGCUCGGAGAUAUACGGAACAGCUCUCUCAAGAGCAGCUAUAGGCAUCAACCCGUUGAACGAAUCGCAGAAGUUGGACGAUGCAUAUUUCAUAACACUGAUGAAUCUGACUCAAAACAUCGCAAGCGGACUUACAAACGCGUUGCUUACUACGAAUGAGAGCGGGAGUGCUUGGCAAGACGAAGUCUUCGUCUCCAUUCGAUGGCCGUGGUUGACACUGCUGGCGGCUCAGGUUGGACUUUCAAUCAUUACGCUUCUGAUCGUCAUCAUUCAGACUGCUGGAUUGGACAUUGAGAUUGUCAAAGGGUCUCCACUCCCAGCAUUCCUUGCUAUGAACCCCGACGAGAAGACCGCACUCAUGAGGGAACAACAGGAGAUGGAUAUGCGCAACAGGGACAGUGAGCUUCAGAUACCUCACCUCAGAGCUCACGGUAUUGUGGGAGGUCUCGAGAGACGGGGCGAAGAGUGGGUCCUUCGAAGUUCGGACAGAUGA